CCGAUAAGGACUCCGGCCAGGUUUAUAAGCCGGUCGAGACGGGCCGUCCGGAUCGUCGCUCCGAGAGGGUACCGCCGGGACGAGCUACUGGAAAAACAGAAAGUCGAGAGUCGAGGGAGGCGAGAAAAUGAGUCUGCUGAGGAAACGCGGUGCGCGGGUGCUGCUCGUCGGUCUCGCUGUAACUUUGGAGCUCGCUGCGGGCUACUCCGAUUUAAAAUGGGGAGGGAGCCGGGACGACGCGGGGGCUGGGGAGCCGCUUUAUCUCACGCCUCUCCUGGAAGCUGGGCAGGCUGAGACCGCGAGAGAAGAAGCGAAAGUCGACCACCCGGGGAUGCUCGGGGUCGAGAGCUACGCCGGCUACUUCACGGUCAAUCCGCUCUCCAACUCGAAUCUCUUCUUCUGGUAUUUUCCGGCAAAGGACGAUGCAGCGAAUGCUCCCGUCGUGCUGUUCCUCGAGGGUGGCCCCGGCGUGACUUCCCUCUUCAGCUUGUUUUUCCAAAACGGUCCAUUAUCCAUCGGAUCUGAGACGGGGAGUCUGAAGCUGCGAGCCGAGUCCUGGACGAACAAGCACAACGUGAUUUACAUCGACAACCCGGUCGGGACCGGUUACAGUUUCACGGAGUGGGAGGGCGCUUUGCCAACGACGGAGAUCCAGAUCGGGGAGGAGCUGCGAAGCGCGAUGGUUCAGUUUUUCCAGCUCUUUCCGGGGCUCCGCUCCAACGACUUCUUCGCGACCGGCGAGUCGUACGCCGGGAAAUACGUGCCAGCGGUCUCGUACGCGAUCCAUUUGUACAACGGGGUUGUGGAGGAGGAGAAAAGGAUUAAUUUGAAGGGAAUGGCGAUCGCGAACGGCUACACGGACCCGGUGAACCAGCUCAGGUGGGCCGAAUAUCUCUACGAGGUUGGCCUCCUCGACGCGAACGGCAGGGAGCAGUGCCUGGAGCUCGAGAAACAGGCCAGGGACUUGAUCCUCAAUCAUCAACACUCCGCGGCUUACGAGGUCAUCGCGAAGCUCGUCAAGGGCGAGAACUCUCUGCUGACGAAUCUGACCGGUUACAAAUCUUACCACAACAUUCUCGACGCCGAGGACGAGCUGGAGCUCGACCUCGCCGUCGCCUGGGUCACCCGCGUCGACGUUCGACGCGCCCUCCACGUCGGGGACAACGAAUUCACACCCAAUUCCGAGAGAGUUUACAACCGCCUUAAAGACGACGCGACCCAGUCCCAGGCCAACCUCGUCGCCGCCCUCCUCGAGCACUACCGCGUCCUCGUCUACACCGGCCACCUCGACAUCGUCUGUCCUUACUCCUCCAUCCAAAACUACCUCCAAAAGCUGGCCUGGUCCGGAGCCGAGGAAUUCAAAACCGCUGAGAGACAACUCUGGCGCGCCGCCGACGGCGAACUCGCCGGUUACGUCAAAAAAGCCGGCAACCUUCGCGAAGUCCUCGUCAGGAAAGCCGGACACUUGGCCUCCCUCGAUCAACCCCAAUGGACUCUCGAACUCCUGGAAAAAUUCACCCGCGGAAGCCUCUAGGAAUUAACUUCCCCGGAGACAAAACGACCCCUACCUUAACCAGUUUCGGUACAAAAGUCUAAAUGUUAAGAAAUUGAUGAAAUUUCGUGAUAAUGUUCUUCAACAUCAAGCACGAAAACACUCAUUUUUUCAAAAUUUUCUUCUACUUAGUUAUCGAGUAAUUACGC